UUACUUAAAAAAAACGUACAAAAGCUGCCAGUCAUUCAAAUUCCAUUUUUAAAAACAGGUAAAAUAUAUCAUAUGUCAAGUGCAUUAACUUGCCCACACAAUUCUCGCAAAUCUUGACUUCCGCGCUUGUAGGGCACUAUUCGCCUGGCAGUCGGUACAUUGUAGACUGUAGUGUUUUUUCAUUCGUAAACAAAGUUGACAGGAGUGCGGUCGCGUCGUGGCUAUCUUUGUUGUGAAAUUGUUUUAAUCAUGGCGACACAAGAAACAAGUAACAAGAAUGGAGCCGCACAGACACUGAUCUCAAACGCACCUUGGACUGAUGAACAAGGUAUAGUGAUGAAGGUGUACCAAGGCGUGGCGCUGGCGCUGGAGAUCCUGGUGCUUUACAUCAAGAUGACGCUCACCUGGUUCCACUGCCUCUAUCAGUUCUUCGUGCCGCAGGAGCCCAAGAGCGUCAGCGGGGAGAUAAUUCUCAUAACGGGCGCAGGGCACGGCAUGGGCCGUGAGACGGCGAUGCGGUUCGCGCGACUAGGCGGGAUCAUCGUAUGCGUGGACAUCAACCCAGCAGGCAAUCAGGAGACAGUCGACAUGAUCAAGGAGAACAAGGGGAAGGCACAUAGAUACGAAUGCGACGUGACAGAUCGGGACGCUGUGAAUGCAUUGGCAGAGAAAAUCAGGAGGGAGGUGGGCGAGGUGACGAUGCUGGUGAACAAUGCUGGUAUCAUGCCCUGCAAGCCGCUUCUGCAGCAGUCUGUCAAGGAGAUCCGCUCCACGUUCGACGUCAAUAUCUUGGCUCAUUUGUGGCUCUUGCAAGCCUUCCUGCCUUCGAUGAUGGAGCGGAAUCACGGGCACAUAGUAGCGAUGUCGUCGAUGGCUGGCGUGGUCGGCUUGCGCAACCUGGUGCCCUACUGCGCCACCAAGUUCGCAGUCAAGGGUCUGAUGGAGGCGCUGCAUGAGGAACUUAGGGAGGAUCCUAGAGAUUUUAGUGGAAUAAAAUUCACGGUGAUCUACCCGUACAUAGUGGACACGGGGCUGUGCAAGAACCCCAAGAUCAAGUUCCCGUCGCUGAUGAAGAUCCUGACGCCGCAGGAGGCGUCCGACAGCAUCGUGGACGCCGUACGCAGGAACUACUUCGAGAUCACCAUACCUAGCUCGCUUUACUACAUCAAUACGAUCUGCAGAUUGUUCCCCCGUGCUGUACCGAUAUAUCUGAAAGAUUUCUUGGACUCUGGACUGGAGGCGCAUACGUAAAAUUCUAGAAGAAUCUAUAUAAUGUAAUGCCUUGUAAUUAAUGUACGCUUGAAGAUAGAAUUGCGGCUAAUAUUACAAAAUAGAGUUAAAUGAAAUUGCUACUUGAUAACUUUAGAUGACCAUCAAUUUAGGUAAUGUGUUAGGUACAUCACAUUUUGACGGUUUUCUAAGUUGGGUUUUUUCGAAAACAUACGGUUAAUCUUGAAUACUGCAUCGCACAAAAUAAAUUGUCCAUUUUCAAUAUGAAAUGUUGGAUACAACAUAUAAUGCCAAUGCAAAUAUGACCGACUGUCAAUGCAUUAAGUUAGGAAAAUAAAAAAAUAAAAUGUCUAUUUUGUAACAUUAGUGUUUUUGAUAAUUUUUGUAAAUACUUUAUGGUUAAUUACAAAAAAAUAUCACGGUUUUAAUUGUAAUUGUAUUUUUAUAAUAUGAGUUUACAAUUUAGGAAGAUACUUUCUACUAUGAGUUUGAUUGAGGUCACUCUGAAAUUAAAAUGUUGCGUUGGUACUUGAAAGUUUUGGAGACAUUUUAAAUAAAUUGAUAUUUCAAACUUAACUAGGUAUAUAAUAAUUUCAAGUAUACAUUAAAGAAUCUCGCGAUAGUUUCUUUUAGUUUUAAAGCUAAUAGGGCAUAGAAUAUAAAAUCUUUUUCCAUGCAUAUAGAUACUACUUAGUGCAUCCUUCAUUGUUUUAGCGGGUAUUGCUAGUGGUAGAUUUUAUUUCCGCCCGGAUAACCAUCGUACACAAGUUAUUAAAACCCGCCAUAAUGGCCCACGAAAGUGUCGCGUUCCGGGGUCAGCCUGUGUAUAUACCGUACCAACAGGCCGGCAUAAUAGUGUCGACUGUCGAGGGGUAAUCAUCUCUCGUCAGUCGACAUACUAUUGGACCCUACUACAUUUACCAUCAGAUGUAGUGGAGUAACUUUUCAGUGUCCGUACAGAAAAAACUUCUUCAUUGUAUCGUCAUAUUAAGAAAAUGAAAAUUUCUUUUAGACAUGCCACAUUUUCUGUUUGUUUAAAAGAAAUUUUUACGAAACAAUUUAUUUAAAUACAUAAAAUAUCAUCGGGAAAUCUCUGAUGGUUAGUUUUUAAAGUCGACUUUUUUAUAAAUAAUUCCACUAGGUGAUAAGGUUGUCUGAAGUUAAGGAUGAAUGAGAUUUAUCAUUCUUCCAUCUUGCCUGAUAACUUAUGCUUGCGAUUUGUUUUUUUAGAUUUUUAUUUAUAAAACGUUGUUUUUUUUUCUUUAUUAAAAUGUCAACUUAUAAACUAUAGGUAAACUUAGAAGAAAUUCAAUUCUCUAUUUCAUAAUGAUAACUUGAAACUAUCAAGACAUCGUCAAGGACUUUUUUUAUAAACUUUCCUUUAAGUAUUUUUGUAUUACAAUUUAAAUCGAUGUUGUUUUUGAUAAGUUUAGACCUGUUUUUAAUUUAUUUGAAGUACCUUAAUAAGAAUUUCAACAACAAAUAUGUUAUAAUUUUUAAAAAAGAGACUUACAUUAGUAAUAUUUUCAAUUAAUAAACUACAGAACUUGAUAUCUUUUUCAAGUAUCAAAGUGUAUUAUAUCUAUCACAUCUUACAAGGUAAAAUGAACUAGAUACUAACUUGUUUUAGGGCGAUUUUAUAUCCUGGUCAUUUGAGUAAUCCACUCGUUUGCAAUCAUGGACUAUAAUCAAAAAUGUUUAUUCGUUUCUAAAUUUCAAAAUUUAGUUCGAAAUUCAAAUAUUAAACGCCCGUUCCAAAUUUAGGAUAUCACAGCGUAGUUUUUUUUUUAAACAAUGAUGAAAAAGGUAGGUUUGAAUUUCUGCAUUAUUCCUUUGUACGCAGAAAGUAGUCUUUACAUGCAUUUCAUUUUAUCCUUUUUUUUUCUUGUCAUGUGCCAUCGAUAUCCAUCAUCCUGCUACACAAAACAUAAUUUUUUUGCCAUGUGUGUCUGUUUAUGGUUGUGAUAAUAAUGUAAUGUGAUUUGUGUACUUUUGUAUGGAGUUCAGAAUAAAGAAUAUUUUAUAA